AUGAUCAAGUCUCGCAUGGCGUUGACGGUCCUGAACUUUAGCUUUCCCGUGACGGCUCCUUAUCAGCCAACUCCAGCGCCGGUUUCUCCCUGCGACUUGCAGCUUCCAACUCCUCUAUCUCCUUCUGCAUCUCGCCACUACCGAGUGGCGGUCUUGGCCAUUCGUGGGGUGGAAACGGCGCAAGCGCAAUGGGGUCUUUCGUUUGGGGACUACUUGACGGCCACGGCCGGGAAACGAUUUGAUCCACCCGUGUCGUUUGAAAUGGUGCCAGUGCCCUUUGGCUUGGAACGAGAGCCUGUCGACAUGUUUGUCCAUGGCGACUAUGACUUUGUCUACGCCAAUCCUAGCAUGUUCAGUUGUGUCGACAGUGAAGUCGGAAUGAACACUCUGGUCAGUGUCGUUUCCAAGCGCAAGGUCAACGGACAAGUCUACUCCUUGACAGAGUUUGGUGGAGUCAUAUUCACAUGGGCAGGGAAUGACCAAAUCAACAACGUGGAAGACUUGGCGCAAAAACGUGUGGGGCUCGUCAACAUUGCUGGGUUGGGAAGUGGGCAAAUGCAGUUUCGAGAAAUGAUCAAACAUGGUCUUCACCAUUUGCAAGACCCCCAGCAACUCAUCUUUUUGGAAAACCAAAACAACGUGGUACAGGCGGUCUUGAACAAGGAAAUUGAUAUUGGCUUUGUCCGAACAGAUCAAUUGGAACGCUUCAUUGACCCCGCCACCAACGAACCGCUCGAUCAAUCCAAAAUCAAGAUUGUAGGCUCACAGCAAAACUUUCUUGCGGAUGGGAGCCCCUUUCCCUUUGCCUCGUCCACGCAAGAACUCUAUCCCGAAUGGGCCCUCGCCAGCUUUCCCAGUGUCAACAAGGAGAUUGAGCGAGAAGUCCAGCACAGUUUGAUGGAUCUCACUCGACAUGCCGCUGCUGCCAAGCCUCUUGUGGAAUGUUACGAGGCACGCAACUGCACGUCAUUGGAAGACAACGACCAGAUCUGCCAAGAAGAGUGCUUUCGUCAAGCCCAUCCUUGGGGGCAUCAAACCUGUGAAGCAAAUGCCGAUACGACACUCCUCGCAGACUUGGCACAGACGGCGGGAAAGUUUGCGGGAUGGAGAACGCCCCUGUCGUAUAUGUCCAUUCGAAAUAUGCAACAAGAAAUUGGAUUUAUUCAGCAUCGUCAAGAUGGGACCUUUCAGUGUCUGCGGGGAGACUCCUUGGCCGAUUCCGUCGUUUGUCCAUUGGAGCAUUUCAAAAAGCCCGUCAACGAAAUUGCAACCGGGUGUGAGGAUCUGGGCAUGCCCUGUUAUGGCUUCUCCUGCAUGUGCAAGCCAUGUGUCAAAGCCUACGACGUCGAUGUCUUUCCUCUGACAACGACUCCGGCAGUAUUAUCAUCCAACAACAACAACAAUUCGACCAAUCAUCAAGUUGGAUGCGGCAAGUUUGAUGUGUGCGGCGUCGUCCAACAAAACCACAAACUUGUCUUUCGAGCAGUCGACAAUCGCAAGCGACACAACGCAUCCUUUGCGGUCCUUCUUCACGUGGGUGGCGACACGCAAAAAUAUCACAUGAAACAACCACAAAAUGACGACAUGUUUGCCUACGAAUUUGAAUUCGAUGCCACCGACAGCACGGUGGGAUAUCUCAUUAUGGAGAUUAGUGUCAUGGAGGAUGGCGAAUGGAAACAGGUAUCACAGAGUCCUUUUCGACUGGAAGUUGAGCCUCCGGAUUGCAAGGCAGAGACUGGAGACAGUGGGCGUGUGGCAGAUGCCAACGGGAAUUGUGUGUGUGAUAACUCGACCGUGGAGCUGGCGUCGGGAUGCAUGCCGCUGGGAGUCUUCAUACCGGCAGUCAUUGUUCCCAUUUUACUCGUGGCUGCGGCCGCCAUGUUCUGCUACUUGUGGUGCAAACGAAAACAAGACGAACGCAUGUGGCAAAUCGAUUCGAAAGAACUUUGCUUUGAUUCGCCGCCUCAGGUCCUUGGGAAGGGACGAUUUGGGAUGGUAUACCUCUGCACUUUCAGAGGCACCGAAGUAGCGGUCAAGAAGCUGUUGGAUGCAGACCAGAUUGACGAAACUGGACACACGUCCAUGGGAGUGCACGAGGUUGGAAAGGUUGUCUCUCUCCCAAGUGCAAAGAUGGAGGAUGUGGAACAGUUCCCAGACGAAGAUGCCUCCGACACAGAGAGUCAAGAAGUAGGUAUCACGUCUUGCCUGUUUGUUGCAGAACAAAGUAGUCGCGGCUCUAGUUUAAUGGGCUCCAGUGUAAUGAGCACGGUGGGGAGCUCCCGGAAUCCACAGGCAACUUUGAAGGCAGAAAUGAGACUGCUCUCAAAGCUUCGACACCCAAAUGUGGUGACCGUUGUGGGAUGCACCGAAGACGCUAGGCUUGUUAUGGAAUACAUGGAACUGGGCUCGAUGAGUGAUGUUUUGCGCAGUCCAACAAUGGUCGUUGAUGACGGCAAAGUACUCGGGAUGGUGCAAGACGUUGCAAAGGGGUUGCGCUUUUUGCACGCAACAAAUAUUAUUCACGGAGAUCUCAAAGCUCAGAACGUCUUGGUUGAUGCCAAGUUUCGUGCCAAGGUUGCGGACUUUGGAUUAUCCAAGCAUCCGAAACGUCGUCGAGGAAAGGGAGCAUCGGGAACUCCCUUUUGGAUGGCACCCGAGCUUCUGCGAGGAAAAAGCGGUAAUACGACGAUGUCCGACAUCUACUCCUUUGGAGUUUUCCUUUUUGAAGCAUACAAACGGCAAUACCCAUACCAGGGAGAAGAUCCCAACGAAGUGCUCCGCAAGAUUAUUGAUCCCCUCGUCAACAAACGUCCAUCCAUUCCUUCGCGCUGUCCCAUGCAGGUUGCUGGUAUAAUGGAGGCUUGCUUCGAAGAGCCUGAAGGGCGUCCCACGGCCAGCGAAAUCGAUGAGAAACUAGCAAGCAUCACCCAAGAUGUCGGCAGAGGUCAAUCAUUGCUCUGGGAGCUGUUCCCGAGACAUGUUGCAGCUGCGAUUCGAGAUGGGCGGACGGUGGAGCCUGAAACCCACGAGAAUGUUUCGGUUCUCGUCAGCAACAUCGUGGGACAUGAAACCCUUGCGUCCACCCUCUCCCCAACAAAGCAUUCCAAUUUGCUAGACCGUUUGUAUAGCAAGCUUGAAAACCUUUGUGAUCUCCACAACGUUUUCAGGCUGGUGACAGUGAAUGAUGGCUUCAUGUGCGCCACAAACUUGGCGGAGGAGCAACAUGAUCACGUCCGUUCUAUUGCCGCAUUUGCUGCAGAUGCGCUCAAGGCAGCGGCGUGUACUUUUGUUGAUGAAGGAGACCCAUCCAAAGGUUACGUUAGUAUACGGAUUGGCAUUUCUUCUGGCACAGUAGUGUCUCAUGUGGUUGGAUCAAGAACUCCCCGAUACUCAAUCUUUGGCCAACCUGUCAACAUCGCAAACAAAUUAGAGAGCUCGGCAGUCGCAGGACGAGCACAAUGUGCUGAGGUGUCUGCUAAUCUUCUUAAAGAGCAAGACCCAGAGGCUGAUCUCUUUCUUCAGGGAAUGGUACCAAUUGAUGGGGGAAACGAGAUAGUCUCGUAUUGGAUUGGGGAGCCCAUCGUACCUGGCUCCGAGCCUGUUGCGGCAGCGCCAGAUAGUGGUGUUUCUAACCAAGGGUUGGGCAGUCUGGUUGAAUGGAACGUGGACGUGUUGGCUCGCGUCAUUCGAGAGAUUGUUGCAGCCAGAGACACACACCAUGGCAAUAGGACACAAGCAGACUUCUCUCACUUGGCCGCAGCAAGCGAGGCAGGGACCAUUAUUGAUGAAGUAGAAGAAGUCGUAUCCCUUCCCAAGUUCGAUGUCGAUACCAUACGACGCAUGCAGGAACGACAGGGCGUGGCCCUUCCUCGUGAUGUGAUGUUGCAACUACGAGACUUUGUCACUGAGAUAGCACAGAUGUAUGACAAUGACGUGCCAUUUCACAACUUCCAGCACGCAAGUCAUGUCACUCUUUCGGUGGUUAGGCUACUAACGCGUAUCAAGGCUGUGCCAAUGUCAGGACUGGGCGCAACCAACCGAGACAACGAGGAACAGAGCAACAUGUCUCUCCACGAGUGCUCAUUCGGUAUUGCGUCGGAUCCAGUCACUCAGCUGGCUAUCAUCUUCAGUGCAUUGAUCCAUGACACGGCACACCAAGGUGUCCCAAAUGCGCAGUUGGUGAAGGAGAACCAGGAAAUCGCGGCCAGAUACAAAGGUCGAAGUGUUGCUGAGCAGAACUCGGUAGCGUUGGCUUGGAAUUUGUUUAUGAACCCCAAGUUCAGCGAGUUACGUCACACCAUUGCGCAAACAGAGGCUGAAAUCACCCGCUUUCGACAGCUGGUAAUCAACUGUGUCAUGGCGACUGAUAUCGUCGAUAAGGCGCUCAAGCAACUUCGCAACAAUCGAUGGGACACUGCUUUCGGUGGGCAGAUCGCAGAAGAAGAGGAGAGGGCUGUCAACAGGAAAGCCACGAUUGUGAUUGAGCACAUCAUACAGGCAAGCGACAUUGGACAUACAAUGCAGCAGUGGCAUGUGUACAGAAAAUGGAAUGAACGCUUUUUCCAUGAGUGUUACAAAGCCUACAAGGAAGGUCGUGGAGAACAGGACCCGUCCAAGGGUUGGUACAAAGGAGAAAUUGGUUUCUUUGAUUUCUACAUCAUCCCCCUUGCGAAGAAACUGCAAGAGAGUGGCGUCUUUGGGGUGUAUGGAGAUGAGUAUGUCAAGAAUGCUCAGGCGAAUAGAGAAGAAUGGGUCAAGUGCGGGGAACAUGCUUUGGCGGAGAUGAUGGAAAAGCAGAAGAAGAGAAGAUAAGGUGGCACGGGUAAGGUAAACAUGAAGAGUGUGCGAAGGAAAGAGACUAUUACUGAGGAUACAGCAUGGCAGCAGCAUCCAACCUGGCAGGUCCUCAUCAACUACAUGAACUAGUAUAUGCAGUCUUUUAAAGAGCCAGGUACCUUCACAUCCAGUAAUGAGGUUAUAUGAUGGUUGUUUGGGGC